UAUGAAAAUAUAUAUAAUUAUACAUUAUAUAUACAUCAUUAUAUAUACAUCUUCUGAACACGAUUUAAUGAUUGCUAUAUUUUAUUUCUUUAUCAUGAUGUGUUUAAUACAAACAUAUUUUACAUUAUUUGUUUUUACCCGCUCGCCUAGCAUCGACUUGUAUCUUAAAUUUGUAUGUAUAAAAUAUACACAUGUAUUACUACAUCGAGAGUUGUGUCGCUUUUAACUCCCGUUGUGCGAUGUUUUAAACAUACGAAAAUCGCGCUCUUCCUAAAGAAACACGUUUGUCAGAAAUUUCCCUAGAUUCCUCUAGAUCUUAGAAUCUUGAAGCGCGCCACGCUGGCGACUUCCGGCGCCAGCAACGGAAGAGAUACGGUGGCCAUUUUACAUUAUCGGUUUUCUCGCGCGAGCGCGUGUGUGUGCAUGCGUGUGUACAGUGCUAUCGCCAAGAGUCCUGCGUUGCGUUUACUUGCUUGUCGAUUUGAGGACCGUGAUAUAGGACAGGGUCAACGCCGAUAGCGAUAAAUCUUCAAUAAUCCGGCAGAAAGAUGGGACGCAAGAAGAAGAAGCAAUCGAGACCCUGGUGCUGGUAUUGCAACCGUGAAUUUGAAGAUGAAAAAAUUCUUAUCCAACAUCAAAAAGCAAAACACUUCAAAUGUCAUAUCUGUCAUAAGAAAUUAUACACGGGACCAGGACUUAGCAUACACUGUAUGCAGGUACACAAAGAGGCAAUAGAUAAGGUACCGAAUUCAUUGCCAAAUCGUAGCAAUAUUGAAAUAGAAAUUUAUGGAAUGGAGGGCAUACCGCCGAAUGACGCAAAGGAACACGAGAGACAGCGAAAUGGCGGUAGACCUGGCUCACCAUCAUCUGGUGAGGAUGAGCCAGUACAGAAAAAAGCAAAACCCGAAGGUCUACUGGGUUCUGCACCAGGUGCGAUGCCUGGUAUGCCAGCUGGUCUACCCGGGAUGCCGCCGCAGCCAGGUAUGCCACCAUUACCCGGUAUGGCACCACAUCCGGGCAUGGCGCCGCACCCUGGCAUGCCGCCACAUCCUGGUAUGCCUCCUAUGCAUCCAAUGAUGCCAAUGGGCCACGUUGGACCUCCAUUUAUGGGCCCAGGCAUGAUGCCUGGCAUGUCAGGUAUGCCUUCUGGUAUGCAACCGCCGGUUUCGGGCGCUUCUAUUCCGCCGGCGCGUCCUCUGUUUCCGAGUGCCGCUGCCGCGGCUGUCUCAACGGCAGCGUCGACAGCGGCGUCGGUCACUGGAUCUGCACCCCUUGGCACAGACUUUAAGCCGAUCACAUCAAUAGCCAGCGGCAGCGGUUCUAUAGGCCCAGUAAAGCCGACAUUCCCAGCUUACAGUAGCGCCGGCGAAUCCGCUGGCGCUACCACAACUGGCAAUAGCCUCGCCAGCAGUGGUGAUCAAAAGGUGAAUCUUAUUGCGACUACCGGAGCCGCCAGUAAGAUCAUUCACCCUCCCGAAGAUCUCAGUCUAGAGGAAAUAAGAGCAAGACUGCCAAAGUAUCAGCGUCGACAGACCGACGAAUCUGGACGGUCGGCACAAUCGGAGGCAGCAGCGGCGGUUGUGAGCCAGCAGCAGCAGGCCGCCGCCAUGCAACAAGCGGCAGCACAACAACAGCAAGCGGUGCAGCAACAGCAACAACAACAGCAGGCACAACAGCAGCAGGCGGCAAAUGUGGCAGCGGCCGCGUUUCAGGCAGAUCAACAACAACGGCAGCAACAGGCAGCGGCACUGAACGCACUGCAGCAACAGCAACAGAGGUUCCCGCGGCCACCGCAGGCGGUCAUGGUACCGGCCUCGGCGGCAGCAAUGCCCGUUAGCUCGGUGGCGUUGAUGGCACCCCUAAUGCGACCCACCAUGACCCUAGCGCCUGCUCUCAUUCAUGGAGGUAACAUGAUGCGACCGCCCCCCAUGGGCCUGCCGCCAGGCAUGAUAGGAGCUCUGCCACCGGGUGCCGCGAUGCAUCCGGCCUUUGCCGCCGCGCCAAUGGGGUUUCCGGGUCCGAUGCUGACACCGAUGAUGCAUCCUCGCUUCAGAUGAUCGCCCCCCAUGGACGGGCCCAACCCCCCGCCGCUGCACUUCGUGCUAUGGGCCCGCCCCUAAUUUUGCUGGGGUCUGGACCUGAUCGAGGAAGAGACACAUAGUCACAUACACAAACAAGAGAGGGGGAGAGAGAGAGAGAGAGAAAGAA